CGGGAGUCGUGUGUCUGCGCUGGUUGUGUGAUUGAAAGGGGGUGUAGAUGUUGCUGUUGUAAAAAAAAAAGUGGGAGUGGGAGAUGUGUACGGUGCCGUGCACACAGUUCUGAGUGGAAUUUCAGGCUUAUUUGCUCAUUUUUUUAAAAGCCUCUUGCUUCAUUCAUUGACGUUAUCCUAUUCUGCAUGGCCAGGUAGCAUCAAGUCAGCAUACGUGACAACUGGAAGAAAGGUCCCGGCCCGCCCGGAGUGCGCCGGCUGCCGAUAAUCCGCGAGCAACAUGGUGAGCGGCCGCUGACUUCGCCGACACACCCCUCCAGCCGGCGGCCAUGUCCAAGCGCAAGAACAAGGUGCUCAUCUCGGACAGCGAGGACAGCGACGCCAGCGCCAGCGGCUCCGACCUCGACUCGGAGCUGUUGUCCCUGGCCAAGAAGAAGCAGCGCCGCCAGGAUGCGCCGUCGCCUCCAGCAGCGCCGGCGCCGGCCGCCGCCGACUCGGAGACAUCGGACAGCGACGAGGAGUGGGGCUCGGCCGGCGGCAAGGCGCGUCAGAAGGUGGCGCGUCGGCGCGCGCCCGCCCGCCGCAGCUCCGGCUCCUCCUCUGGCUCCGGGUCCGGCUCGGGCUCGGGCUCCGGCUCCGGCAGCGACUCGGAGCCGGGCGCGGCGCCCAAGUCUGAGCCCGAGGAAGGCGAGGUCUCGGACUCGGAUGCUGACUCGGCUGAGUUCGACGACGGCCUGGACGAGAACCUGAUGGGCGACGACGAGGACCGCGCGCGCAUGGAAAAGAUGACCGAGAAGGAACGCGAGCAAGAGAUCUUCAAUCGGCUGGAGAAGCGCGAGGCACUCAAGACCAGGUUCGACAUUGAGCGAAAGCUGAAGAACGCCAAAAAGCUGGAGCAGCGCAAGAAGGAGGGCCAGCAGCCGGCACGCGCGCGGCCGCGGCACGAGCCCGAGAUAAAGCGCACCACCGACCGCAAGAAGGCCAUGGAGGAGAACAAGGAGCGGCAGGACAAAAAGGGCAGCGCGCUCAGCCUGCUGAAGGCGCAGCGGGAGGAGAAGCUGCGCAACGCCGAGGAGCGCGAGCGGCGCGUCGAGGAGCAGGAGCGGCGGCGGCGCGACCAGGGCCAGGCCUCGACGGCGGCCGCCCCCGCCGAGGCCUCGGACGGCGACUCGGACACGGAGCGGCGCGCCAAGGGCAGCCGCCUGCACACGACCGACGUGUACAGCGACGACAGCGGCUCGAGCGACGACGAGCGGCCGUCGCGCCGGCGCAGCAGCAGCGCCGAGUCCGACACCGACCGCGGCUCCAAGCGCGCCCAGCCCAAGAAGGCGCAGCAGGUGAAGAGCCGCGAGGACCUGCUCAAGAUUAGGGUGUCGCGACACCGGCUCGAGAACUGGUGCCACGCACCCUUCUUCGGCGACACGGUGCGCGGCUGCUUCGUGCGCGUGGGCAUCGGCAACAACAACACGGGCCGGCCGGUGUACCGCGUGGCCGAGAUCACCGGCAUCUGCGAGACGGCCAAGGUGUACCAGCUCGGCAGCACGCGCACAAACAAGGGACUCCGGCUCAGACAUGGCGGCCAGGAGCGAGUGUUCCGCCUCGAGUUCGUCAGCAAUCAGGAGUUCACCGAGACCGAGUUCUCCAAGUGGGUGGAGAUGUGUGCCAUGCAGGAUGUAGAGCUGCCCACCAUGGAGCAAGUGGAAAAGAAAAUGGCCGACAUGAAGACCGCCAAGAACUACACAUACAAAGACUCCGAUAUAGAUAAGAUUAUUUCAGAGAAGUCGCGCUUCAAGCAGAAUCCCACCAACUUCGCCAUGAAGAAGAGCCAGCUGAUGAAGGUGCGGGAGAUGGCGCAGUCCCAGGGCGACGAGGGCACAGUCGACAAGAUCAACCAGGAGCUCAAUACGCUGGAGGAGCGCGCCCAGGAGCUGGACCAGCGGCGAACGGGCAGUAUCCAGAGCAUCGCCUACAUCAACGAGCGCAACCGCAAGCGCAACGUGGAGGAGGCCGAGAAGGCCAUCAUGGAGGAGCUGCGCCUGACGGGCGGACAACGGGCAGAGGACCCGUUCACUCGCCGCUGGUCGCGGCCCAAGCUCAUGUCGGCGGGCAACAAGCGCGAGGCGGAGGUGGCCACCAGCGCCGAGAUGCUCAAGCAGAUGGAGGAGCAGCGGCGCGUACAGCAGGAGCUCAAGAAACAGGAAGAAGAGGAGAAGAAAAAGCAAGAAGAGCUUCAAAGAAAGAAAGAAAAGGAGAAGGCUAGAAAAACCGAGGAGCCUAAUGAUAUGUUUGACGCCCAUAAUUUUGAAAUCAAGAUCGAUCUAGGUGCUCCUAUGCCAUCGCAAACGAUGACGAGCAGCGUGACGCCGAAGCUGCCGCGGCCGCUGGAGAGCGUCACGCCGCGCCGCUCGCUCAACCUGGAGGACUACAAGAAGAAGCGCGGCCUCAUCUAGGCGGGCCGGCGGCGGCGGACGCCUCGGGUGGGCACCGUCGGCCGGCCGGCCGGCAGCGGGGCGUCGCCGGCGUCGCGAGCCGAGGGUCGCGGCCCGACAACGGGCUGCCAGGGCCGGACGACGUCCCGGGGAACGGCUGACACGCCGGUGACGGGCCGUCGCGCGGUGACUGCGACCCGACGCCAGGUCACCGGGCGGUGACCGCGACCCGACGCCAGGUCACCGGGCGGCGACGAGCGUUUGGUGACGAGACCGGCGCCAGCGCGCCGAGGCGUGAGGAGGCUCGUUCUGGCCUCGCUCGCGCCGCACACGGACUGGUGGGGCCUGCGUGCCCCUGCGUGCCUCGCCCCCUUCCUCUCUCACUCUCUCCUUAGGUCGUCGACGCGCUGCGGGGAUGACUCCGUAUGGGGCUGCCAUCGAUGUGUAGACGAAAUGUGCCGCCCUUUCUGGUGAGGCGGGCGACACCCGACCGGGCGUUGCCGCCCGUGUUUUGUUUUAGAAGGUUCCGCCAUCGCGCCGGAAUGAACUGUUCUGUACAUGGUCGAUCAUGCACCCGUUGCGCUAGCACCUAAUACAGAUGCGACGUUAGGCAUGUGA